UAUUCCGAAGGAGUAGGCAAGGCACCUGUCAAGAAGAGACUUAAAUCCAGCCUGUUACAACAAUAGCGCUGCUGGGAUAUAACUCAACGCAUGGAAUAAGGACGUCAUUUUGCUUCGAUACAGACUGGACGAAUCAAGCCUGAUUUUGGGCGCUUGAGAAAAACCAAUGCGCAUUUAAAGCUUCCAUCUCUCGAACGGCCAUUUAGUUGUUUAGAACUUUGAUAUACCACCUAUUGUGUUUCCCCCAUUGACCGUUUAGGUUUUCCACUCGAACUCACUAGUGGACCAACGCUUUAUCAUCCAUUUGUUAACAGAGGUCUGGAGACAAUGCAUCCCACUAUUCAGAAAGACACUACUUUCACUAAGAUAUUUGUCGGCGGUUUACCUUAUCAUACAAACGACGCAUCCCUUCGAAAAUACUUCGAGAUGUUCGGGGAUAUUGACGAGGCCGUUGUGAUAACGGACAGACAAACCGGGAAAUCCCGAGGAUACGGAUUUGUGACUAUGAUGGACAGGGGGUCGACAGAACGGGCAUGUAAAGACCCCAACCCCAUUGUCGACGGGAGGAAGGCUAACGUCAACCUGGCCUACCUGGGAGCCAAGCCCCGCAGCCCACAGACAGGUUUCUCCAUCAGAGUGCAGCAGGUCCACCCCGCCCUGAUCCAGAGGCAGUAUGGAUUGGCCCAGCAGUGUAUGUACCCCCAGGCCUUCCUCCAGCCCAGUCUGGUGCUCCAGUCCCACCUCAGCCCCUCUCAGGCCUCACUCACUUCUCCAUAUAUGGACUACAGCUCAGCCUAUGUCCCCUACACCUCCACCACCUCCACUGGCCUGGAGCACUACCCCUACACUCCAUCCCCCACGCUCUCCGCCAGCUACCUCAGCUACCCCUACACCCCCUCCCCCUCGCCCUCCGCAAGCUACCUCAGCUACCGCUACUCCCCCGCAACACAAGGUCCCACCAUUUCCGCCCCCAUUACCCCGCCCGUCCACCCCUCCCUCAACCCCUUUGCUGGCCUCUCUAUCCCCCCCGCUGCCUACCUCCAAUACCCCCUCCACCAGCCUGACCACAUGCUGUGAUGGCGGAGAGGGAGGUGUGGUGAUGUGGGGUGAGGAUGAUCAAAGGGGGGCACUGAUGACAAUGUGAAUGGAGACUUGGAACAGGAGGAUUAUUGCGCUAUGACCUGCGACAUCAUCAGUAUGAGACUCCCGACAGCCGAUGAGAGAGUGGGUUCUGAAUCCAAAGGGCUUUGUCAAAACAAAACACACUGGGACGUCUUCCUGUUUUUCUAUUAGGGUUAUUAUCCAUUGUUGUCGUAGUUGUUACUAUGCUACUAUUGCUGUUGUCACCAAUGUUUAUACGAAUGUUUUUAGCUAAUGAUGGAAGUAAGAGCUAUCCCUGUGUCCAAUGCCAAACAUGAUGGAGUCAAUGGAACAUGAGAACUGAAAGAGGGGAAUGAAUGAUUCUGGAUCAACCUAGAUCCUUGCACUCCUCCUUACCCAUACAGAACACCCACCUCGUACACCAAGCCAAGGCUAGCCCUUCAAUGUAGUGGAUGGGGCUUGAAGGUUGGGCGAGGAUGGGUUGGGUAGCCAUUAUAUUUAACUAGAUGCUCCGCCUCUCUCUUCUGGAAGUUGUACUGAACGUUUCACUAGCGAGGUGAGAGAGAGGCAGCAUCCUCUUCUGGACAUUUCUCCAGGAAUACCUUUCUCUACGUGGCCUUAUAGCCUCUCUCUGUUUCCAUGUCCUCCAUGAGUGCAAGUAAGUUAUUGCAGAUUGAGAAUCACACUUUCACUGAAUAUGCAAUUAUUAUUCUGAUGGAGUAUGGGAUGAAUAUUUAUAAGGUAGGCAACAUUGUAACAUGCUUUUUAUAUCAAUGUUACUCUAACAUAAUCAUGUCAAGGCAGAUUUUUGUAAAGAAUGUAUUUCCAUAUACAUGUUUAUCCUCAGAGACCUGCAGCAGCUGGGGUAACUGACUAUCUCAGUAUUGUUUAAAGUGAGCAGAGGCAAAAACUACAGGCUAAUGGAGGAUGUAUGAUCUGGUUGUGGAAUAAUAAUGUAAUGUUUUAAUGAUACAAGUGUUGUCCAUCAGGUGAGUUGAUGUCUGCUAAAACCUGACUGAUGCUAUGGGCUAGACUCAUGUAUGUGUACAGUCGUGGCCAAAAGUUUGUAGAAUGACACAAAUAUAAAUUUUCACAAAGUC